AUGCCGCCGAGUAUUAAUGGUUCACAAGUUGGUGGUGAGAAUGCUCCGGAACCACGUCAGGGCAGUGCAAAUUUGACGAGCGCAGACCUAGUACUCAACCGGGUGACCGAGAAACUUGUGCGCAAUGAUCCCGUGACUCAAGAGAUAAUCGCUAUAAACAAUAUGAUAAUAUCCCGACUGCCAUUAUACAAAGCGUGCCUAUUGGUGUACUAA